GUCUAUGACAAUGAAGCCUUUUACUGCAUAUCCUUCUGGGUUUAUCGUAUUCCUGUUUGCCUUGCUGCAGAGGAGCCAUGGACAAUGCAAAGAAGCAGCUAAAAAAUCAGAGAUGGAUUUGAGUGUAAAAUAUGAUCUUCCUAACUUCGUUGCAGAAACACCGAUUCAGAAUGUAGUUUUAUACAAGCAUCAUGUUUAUAUUGGAGCAGUCAACAAGAUUUAUGUACUAAAUGAAACUCUCCAGAACAUUUCUGUGUACAAGACUGGACCCAUUCUGGAGAACCCCGACUGCAUGCCAUGUGAAGACUGCAAAGAUAAAGCAAAUUUAUCUAACAGCGUAUGGAAGGAUAAUGUCAACAUGGCACUGCUCUUAGAAACUUAUUAUGAUGAUCAGCUCAUCAGCUGUGGCAGUGUGUCUGGAGGCAUCUGCCACCGUCACAUCAUUCACCCUGACAACCCUGCUGACAUUGAAAGCGAGGUGCACUGCAUGUAUUCGCCCCGGGUGGAUGGAGAAGCAGAUAAUUGUCCUGACUGUGUUGUGAGCACUUUAGGAACCAAAGUUUUGGUGACUGAAAAGGACAGGUUUGUCAACUUCUUUGUGGGAAAUACUGUGACAUCUACAUUUCAGCCUCCUCAUGUGCUGCAUUCAAUAUCGGUUCGAAGGUUAAAAGAAACACAGGAUGGUUUUGAAUUUCUCACAGAUCAAUCUUAUAUAGAUAUCCUUCCUCAGUUCCGCGACUCGUACCCAAUUAGGUACGUCCAUGCCUUUGAAAAUGAUCACUUUGUCUAUUUUCUGACUGUCCAGAGAGAAUCUCUUGACUCUCAGGCUUUUCACACUAGAAUUAUCCGCUUCUGCACUUUAGACUCAGAGAUGCGAUCUUACAUGGAAAUGCCUCUUGAGUGUAUUUUUACCGAAAAGCGGAGGAAGAGGUCCAUCCGAAAGGAGGUGUUCAACAUUCUGCAAGCUGCCUACGUAAGCAAGCCAGGUGCAGCUCUAGCCCAUGAAAUGGGCCUUGGCUUAAACGAUGAUAUCCUCUAUGGUGUUUUUGCACAAAGCAAACCAGACUCUUCCGAACCAAUCAACAGAUCUGCUGUCUGCGCUGUCUCCGUGCGAACCAUCAACGAGUUCUUCAACAAGAUCGUCGACAAGCAGAACAUGAAAUGUCUCCAGCACUUUUAUGGGAAAGAGAGUAAAUACUGCUUGAACAGGGCUUUUUCAAGAAAUGCUUCAUACUGCAGAGCACAAGAUGAUGAAUAUCGCUUAGAAGUUACAACUCCUCUGCAGAGGGUUGACUUGUUCAUGGGCCAGUUCAACAGUGUCCUGUUAACUUCAAUAUCUGUCUUCACCAAAGGGAACCUUACCAUUGCAAAUCUGGGCAGUUCGGAGGGUCGCUUCAUGCAGAUAGUGGUUUCCCGUUCAGAACCCACAUCUCCACAUGUCAGCUUUCAGCUAGACUCCCACCCUGUCUCUCCCCAAGUUGUUGUCGAGAAUUCAUUAGCAGAUGAUGGCUAUACCCUGGUAGUGACAGGUAAAAAGAUAACGAAGAUCCCGCUGCAGGGACCAGGCUGCCAUCACUUCAGGUCCUGCAGCCAGUGCCUGCAGGCGCCUGCCUUCAUGCAGUGUGGCUGGUGCAGCCAGCAGUGCCUCAGGUUGCCCCAGUGCCCCGGCGGCACCUGGACCCAGAAGAUCUGCUUGCCCAAGGUUUAUGAGAUUAUCCCAAACAGUGCUCCCUUAGAAGGCAGGACAAAACUGACACUGUGUGGAUGGGACUUUGGAUUCAGCAAAAAUAAUAGAUUUGAAUUUAAAAAUACAGUAGUCCAUAUUGGAGGACAAAUUUGUGCCCUGGAAGCAAAAUCCAGCAACAAAAACAAGCUGGAAUGCACAGUUCCUGCUGCAAAAAAUCCACUUUUUAACAUAUCCAGUAGUGUUUCUGUUGGACAUGACAAAACAGUAUUCAAUACAUUUUCAUACGUGAAUCCUGUAAUAACAAGUAUCUCUCCCACCUAUGGCCCCAAAUCUGGAGGAACAUUGCUAACUGUAGCUGGAAAAUACCUUAACAGUGGGAAAUCCAGAAGGAUCUUUGUUGGUGAGAAACCAUGCACCUUAAAAAGUGUAUCAGCAAGCACUGUGGAGUGCUACACUCCACCACAACCAAUCCCCCAGGAAUGUCGUGUGAGGGUGGGAAUCGAUGAAGCUGUCCGAGAUGCAAGCAGUCAUUUCAUGUACAGAGAAGACCCUGUUGUUUUCAAAAUUCAUCCAGCCAAAUCUUUUCUUAGUGGUGGAAGUACAAUCACAGCUCAGGGAAUCUACUUGAACUCAGUGUGCUUUCCUCAGAUGGUGAUAACGGUACCCAAACUGGGAAUGAACUUCUCUGUGGCGUGUAGCCACCGCUCUAGCUCGGAGAUCAUCUGCUGUACAACGCCUUCACUGAAAGCCUUCAAUCUCCAACCACCCUUUGUAACCAAAGUUUUCUUUCUUUUUGAUGGUGUCAGCUCUGUGUACUUCGAUUUUGAUUAUGUAAAUAAUCCUGUUUUUAAGCAUUUUGAAAAGCCAGUGUUCAUCUCAAGAGGCAACCAAAAUAUUCUGGAAAUUAAGGGAAAUUAUAUUGAUUCAGAAGCUGUUAAAGGAGAGGUGCUAAAAGUUGGAAAUAAAAGCUGUGAAAAACUCUUCCUGCAGUCGGAAUCAGUUCUGUGCACAGUUCCCAGCGAUCUCCUGAAAUCCAACGGCGAGCUAAAUAUAGAGUGGAAGCAAGAAGUUUUGUCAACAGUUAUUGGAAAAGUGCUGAUCCGGCAAGAUCAGAAUUUCACGGGACUAAUUGCUGGAGUUGUUUCAACAUCAGUUUUAGUUUUUAUCUUUUUGGUGUUUUUCCUCUGGAGAAGGAAGAAAAAACAAAUUAAAGACCUGGGAAGCGACCUAGUGCGCUAUGAUGGCAGAGUGCACACUCCUCACCUGGACAGGCUGGUGAGCGCGAGGAGCGUAAGCCCAACCACAGAAAUGGUUUCAAGUGAAUCUGUAGACUACAGAUCAACUUUUCUAGAAGAUCAGUUUCCAAGCAUGUCUCAGAAUGGAUCGUGCAGACCUGCCCAGUAUCCUCACUCUGACCUCUCCCCAAUUCUGUCUAGUGGAGACUCAGAUUUAGCAAGUCCACUUCUCCAAACUAACGUCCACAUCGACAUCAGUGCCUUAAAUCCUGACCUGGUCAAAGAAGUGCAGCAUGUGGUUAUUGGUGCUGACAGCCUGAUUGUGCACUUCAGCGAAGUGAUAGGGAGAGGACAUUUUGGGUGUGUGUACCAUGGGACAUUGCUGGAUAAUGAUGGCAGGAAAAUUCAUUGUGCCGUGAAGUCACUGAAUAGGAUUACAGACCUGGAGGAAGUAGCUCAGUUUCUGAAAGAAGGAAUAAUCAUGAAAGAUUUCACUCAUCCCAAUGUUCUGUCACUCCUGGGAAUCUGUUUGCCCAAUGAAGGGUCCCCCUUAGUCGUUCUUCCAUACAUGAAACACGGAGAUCUUCGAAACUUCAUUAGGAAUGAGACUCAUAACCCAACAGUAAAAGAUUUAAUUGGAUUUGGCCUUCAGGUCGCAAAAGGGAUGAAAUACCUUGCAAGCAAAAAGUUUGUUCAUAGAGACUUGGCAGCAAGAAACUGUAUGUUGGAUGAAAAAUUCACUGUCAAGGUUGCUGAUUUUGGUCUUGCUAGAGAUGUCUAUGAUAAAGAAUACUACAGUGUGCACAAUAAAACUGGAGCGAAACUGCCAGUGAAAUGGAUGGCUUUAGAAAGUUUACAAACUCAGAAGUUCACAACAAAGUCAGAUGUGUGGUCCUUCGGUGUGUUGUUAUGGGAACUUAUGACAAGAGGGGCACCACCUUAUCCUGAUGUAAAUUCCUUUGAUAUAACUGUUUACUUAUUACAAGGAAGAAGGCUGCUACAACCUGAAUACUGCCCUGACCCACUGUAUGAAGUAAUGCUGAAGUGCUGGCAUCCAAAACCUGAGUUGCGUCCAGCAUUUUCUGAACUUGUUUCAAAAAUAUCAACAAUCUUCUCCACCUUUAUCGGAGAACACUAUGUUCAUGUCAAUGCUACUUAUGUCAACGUGAAGUGUGUUGCUCCCUAUCCUUCUCUUUUAUCAUCACAAGACAACACAGACAUGGAUGUUGACACAUGACGGGUAUGUCUGAAAUAGAGGAAAAUCCAUUCU